AUGGGGCAAGGUUAUUCAAUGACCACCCUGUCGGCGGCAUCGGCCACUAUCGAUGUUCCCGAGCUGGCCGACCUCGCAUACGACAGAACACUGGCGCCUGCACGCUUCAUGAAAAGUGUCCGUGCGCGCGGUGAGAAUGGUUAUGUCUACGUCAGAGCUUUCAUGAAGCCACAUCCCAAUUUUGACGUCCAACGAUACAUCAAGCGGAUCAGGGAAGAACGCAAUGCCUUGGCUGACAUUCCGAACGCACUUGGCUAUCAGCGCAUUGUCGAAGUGGCUACUGGAGGUUUUCUGGUUCGCCAGUACGUCUUCAGCUCGUCCUGGGAUCGUGUGAGCACCAGGCCAUUCCUGGAGGACAUCGAGAAGAAGUGGCUGGCGUACCAAUUACUCUGCGCCGUGAGAGACAGUCAUGCUCGUGAUAUUUACCAUGGCGAUAUCAAGUCCGAAAACGUCUUGGUCACCUCAUGGAACUGGUUGUAUCUUACCGACUUCAGUUCAUGCUUCAAACCAACCACACUACCGGAAGAUAAUCCAGCCGACUUUUCUUUUUACUUCGAUACUUCGGGCAGACGUACUUGCUACAUCGCCCCCGAACGGUUCACAACUAGCGCGGAUGAAGAGCCUCGUCAUGAACUCAAUUGGGCAAUGGACAUGUUCAGUGUCGGUUGUGUGAUAGCUGAGAUCUUCCUUGAGAGUCCUAUCUUCUCCCUCAGCCAAAUUUUCAAGUAUCGGUCCGGCGACUAUAGUCCGGAGCACACACAUGUGAAUAAGAUCGUGGACAGCGACGUCCGAGAUAUGGUUUUGAACUUGAUCGACCUUGACCCGGAGAAGAGAUAUAACGCUGAUCAGCACCUGUCGUUCUACAAAGGGAGGAUCUUUCCAGAGUACUUUGAGAGUUUUCUCCAUCAGUAUGUUCUAGACUUGACCGAGUCAACCAACGCCCAGCACGAGUACGGCCUAGACGCGAGCAAUCUUCUGGAGUCAGACGAGAAGAUCGACCGUGUGUGGCAAGAUUUCGACAAGAUUUCGUACUUUUUGGAGUACGACUCCGGGACCAAGUUGUCGAAAAGACCUGGCGAGUACACUGGUCAGCGCCGCCCAAAGAAGGUACGAGCUACCGAUGCCAGUCCACACGACGGCACGCUCAUUUUCUUGACCGUCGUGUCCGCCAGCAUUCGCUGCAGCAUGAAGGCAUCGUCUCGGCUGAAAGCCUGCGAUCUGCUGGUCGCAUUCGCCGAGCGCCUCCCGGAUGAGAUCAAACUUGACAGAGUCGUUCCAUAUAUUGUCACUCUGUUGACUGAUGAAUCGGACAUAGUUCAGGCCUCGGCCGUUCGCGCCCUAUCAACAAUCUUCGAGAUGGUCGAGGUGGUAUCUCCAAUCAAUGCCUUCAUCUUCCCGGAAUACAUCUUCCCGCGGUUGAAGAUCUUGGCUAGAUCACGGUCCACAUUGGUCCGAGCGGCUUAUGCAUCCUGUCUAGCAUCACUGGCCUUGAGUUCGGCUCGAAUCCUCGACAUGGUGCAAGCAAUCCGUGCGGACGGCCGGUUGCCCGCUCUCAAUGAUGCUGAAUGGACACCAUCUACUUCUUUCCACGCUUUGUACGAUCCGAGCAAGGAAGAGCUUGUCAAACAUUUCGAAGAUGCCACGGUCGCGCUCAUCACCGAUGACGAAGCUACCGUCAAACGAGCGCUUUUGGGUUCCGUGUCGAGCCUGUGUGUUUUCUUCGGAAGCGCAAAGGCCAAUGAUGUGAUCUUGACCCAUCUCAAUACAUACCUCAAUGAGAAGGAUUGGAUACUGAAGUGCUCCUUCUUCGAUGCUCUGGUCGGGAUCGCUUCCUACGUGGGUACCUCAAGCUUGGAGAAGUUUAUUCUGCCGAUAAUGGUUGGGUCUCUCACGGAUCCCGAAGGUUUCGUCGUCGAAAAGGUGUUCCGUUCUCUGGCUCGUAUGGCAGAUUUGGGCUUGAUGCAGAAGUCCACCGUGUGGGAGCUUGUUGCAAUGUCCGCUCGCUUCCUGGUGCAUCCGAGUAUUUGGAUCCGCGAGAGUGCAGUUCAAUUCAUCGUUCUUUGCUCAAGAUACACGCCCGAGGCCGACAAAUACUGCAUUAUACUACCCAUCUUGCAGUCCUUCCUCAAGACUCCCAUGAUUGAUUUUUCGGAAGCGCAGUUGCUCGACCACCUCAAGAAGCCACUGCCGCGGAGCGUCUUUCAACAGGCUGAGCUUUGGGCGGAAAAGAAAUCAAGGAGCCUGUUCUGGACGGCAGCAAGUCGGGAUGGAGCCUUUGUGUUAUCCGAGCAGGAUGCUGCACAGAGCCCAGUCAACUUUACGAAGCGUCCACCGAUGCGAAUUCCGCCGUCCCAGAAGGACAAAGAUGACCAGUCGUCAUUGGAGACACUCAAGAAUGUCGGCAUGACUCCGGAGGACGAAAUGAAGCUCUUGGCUCUACGCGAAUACAUCCUACGAACCACAACGACGCGGAACUCCGGGCCAUCAGCCGACGAACAGUCCCAGUUGAAAGAUAUAAUUUCCCUCCAUACGCUCGGCGUACGAACACAGAAUAUCUUAUUUGAUCUCAGUAAUCCGGUCCGGCCGAGGGAUCCAAAAAGACCACCAGCGCAACGCUCACGAUCAAACUAUGAUUCCCACCAUACACUCGCAGACGCUUUGCUCGAUGCAUCGACUACGAUUGGCGGUCCUCCGUCCCGGCAAUCCACCCAAGCUGGUACACCAAUAGAGUCAACUCAGCCACUAGACAUCAGGGGCAGAAAUCCUAGACAGAGACCAGAGAUCAAAAUCGACGGCUCUGACACUUCAUCCCGAGAGGUCUCUACGAGCAAUAAACCGUCCUCUUCUGAGCUCGACAAGCUGUCUUUACGACGAGGAAAGCUCGAACUUCGACACAGAAAUAGCGCAAUGAGUCUCAUGAAGAGGGACUCGGGCAAAGCGGACGCAGAAAUCUCUACCAGUGACGAAAUGGCGUUUGGUAAGGUGGAUGGACCUCUGCAUCACAACGUGGCCGCCGGCCCCUCAACUUUGGCUUUGAAGGCCACUGCUGCAGUCAACUCUCGCUCGAAGUCACCUCUCAGCCGGUCGCCGACGUCUCCUGCGUGGGAGCCAAAUCACUCUUAUGGUGGAAACGAUCCAAACGUGCUACGAUUACUCGAUCACCACUUCGCCGAUAACUAUCACGUCGAUACAGUAGAUUUUGGUGAGGAGAUCAAACCCAUUGGCCGAAUGCCUAUCCACAAAGCAGCAGAUCUCGUCCUCAACGGCACCACCGGCUCAUCGGAAGCCAACGCCCCACAUUACGAGCCAUGGAGGCCAACAGGUCAGGUAUUGACGCACUUUUCGGAGCACACGGCGGCUAUCAACCAAGUUUGCGCCUCCUCAGAUCAGGCUUUCUUUGUCACUGCCUCCGACGAUGGCUCAUGCAAGAUCUGGGAUACCAUGAGGCUCGAGAAGAACAUUACUCCUCGCUCACGGCAUACGUAUCGACACGCGUCCGGGGCCAAAGUCAAGGCGUUGUGCUUUGUCCAAGACAGUCAUACCUUCAUCAGUGCAGCCGAUGAUGGUAGCAUACACGCCGUCCGGGUUGAACAGAAGGUUGUUGAUGGCGGCGAAAGCACGAAGUACGGCCGUCCUGCUCUUGUUCGCGAUUGGCAGAUCCCAUCCUCACAAAUAUCUUCAUCCGAUCCAGGCCCAAUCGAGCACGCCAUACAGCUCUUUCAUUACCGCAAGAAUGGCUCACAGUCCAUUCUCGUAGCCGCCACAUCGCACAACCGACUUCUGCUAAUCGAGCUCAAGACGAUGACCAUUAUGCACUCGCUUCACGAGUCUCUGCACCACGGCUCCUUGACUGCGUUCGUUGUGGAUCGACACCGCCAUUGGCUGCUGACCGGAACCUCCCACGGUACACUCUCCCUCUACGACCUACGCUUCCGUAUCCGCCUGCGCAGCAUAACGCUACCGACACGGUCCCGUGUCGACCGCCUCGUUGUGCACCCUUCUAAGGGCUAUGGCAAGUGGGUCAUGGCCUCUAGCGCCGGUGAGAUCAGCGUAUGGGACAUUGACAAGCUGGUCUGCCGGGAAGUGUAUCGGCCGUAUAGUUGGGAAUCCGAAUCUUCAAGGUCCACGCCCUACGUCCAUUCUACACCGAGCUCCCACCCCAGUCCUUCCAGCUCUCUUGAGGACUCGUCCGCAUAUCACUCAUCGGGACAGCUCCCUGUCCCCGCUCUUCUCCCUGUGCUGGACUUUCUCCACCCGCACACCUCCACCCACACAGCCUCAGCAGCACACCCUCUGCCGGAGCCCUCGAAGUACGCGCUCCUUUUCACAGCCGGAGCAGACCGAGCUCUCCGCUACUGGGACCUGCCGAGCCCAGAAGACAGUUACAUUGUGUCUGGACCGAUGAUCCACAGCGACGACAGUGCCGGGCUCCUGAAGGCCAGGUAUACAGUGUCACACCCACUCGCGCUGAGCAGUGGCGCGCAAGUCAUGUGCGUGCAAGAAUCAGAGCCAGACAUUCCCACGAAGCCGGGUCGCAACAAGGACGUCCGAAAGCGAGACAAGGUACGCGGCGGGGGCACGCCGCAAAAGGCGCGCGGUGGUGAGGAGGCUGCCGAUGAAGCCGCCACACCACGGACGCCCAGGACAAGUACACCCACAGCUGGGACCACGCCUGUGAAAGCUGGAACGGGAGGAGCCGGGGCCGGCAGGACUGACCCCGCGAACAAGCCGACGCGUAAUACGCUGCUGGCGAACUUUGGGCAGCAUCUACUGAGCACGCACAUGGAUGGGAUCACGGAUGUGAUGGUGCUGCGGAGGCCGUACGGUAUUGUGGUCACGGUUGAUCGCGGUGGUGGCGUUAUGUGCUUCCAGUAG